AUGUCCAAACGUGGACGAUCCAAUGAUAGGAGUAAGACGCUCCUUGAAAAAGUUUUGGAUUACAUGCCAAGUUGGCUUCGAUGGGGUUCAACAGAAAGUGAUCAACCUGAUGAUGAUGGUGCCAACUCACAAGAUCUAUCACCCGACUUAUUGAGUGACGAUAUACCAUCCCCACCAGCGAAACGUAGAGCAUUAUCGAAAACGGUGCCCAAUAUUACUUCCUAUCAUUCCAAGAUUCCAGAUAUCCAACCGUCAACUUCUAGUCAUAUUGAAGACCAUAACCAGGAUCAUAACCCUCUAACCAGAAGUGAGCAUUUCAAUGUAGAUACCAUUUCGCAAAGACCAAAUGAAGCGGUUUUAAACUUUACAGAGAAGGGCGAUUCUUAUGAUAGGUUACGUACUACAGAUACCAAUGAAAUUAACUCACGUAGUCCAUCAUUCUCCAUAAACUCAUUUAAAUCAUCGAAGCUGCAUAAUGCCCGUAUAUCGAACGAUAGCACUAUACCUGUAUGGAGAACUAAAGAUCGUUUGUUAAGAUCAUCGUUUUACGACGGCAAUACUAGAUAUGGCGGUAUUGCCUCAAAUGACAACAUUAAGGUCAUUAAAAGAGAGAGUAAUGAUAACCUGUCUGAAUUACGUACGCCUAAAAGGUUCAAAACAGUAUCAGUAAGUGUAAGGGACCGUGUUCAGGUUCAUGAGGCUUCAUCACCUGUAAUAAGCGAAGCUGCAAAACAAAUAUUGUCCACUUUGGAUGGCAUAUCUGAUACGGCGAAGGAAAUGAAUAAACCAUCAUAUCUAAUGAAUUCCCCGUUAGCAUUCCAGAUUGAUAAGUCAAGAUCACUACUAUCAAGAGAGAGAAUGUCAUCUUCUGCUGCAAGAAAGAGUAAUCGAGUUGUUCUACCAGUAACGUCUCCACCUCCUACGAAACCAAUGAUUAUUAGUCAAGAUACUCCUACUAAAACUGAACGUUUCUCUGAUAAAUCUUCUGCUUUAACUACUCGAUUAGCUAAUUACAACAGUAGUGGCGGUAGUGCUGAGCUAGCGGAAAAGGUGUGGCGUGAUCAUCAUCGCAAGCAGGAUGAAGUUGAUAGUGUUGAUGCCAGUACACCCUUAUCAAGUUCAAAUAUGAGAAAUCGUGGUGAUGCAUCAAACUCGGAAAGCUAUCAAAAAUCAAGUUCAAGAAAAAUGAAGUCAUCACGACUCAGUACGCGAGUUCCUAGGAAAAGUACAAAUACUGACCGUAAUGAAGCAGAAAUUGAAACCCCCGAAUAUGAAUUACCUAAAGUAGCAUUACCAAUUGGUAACAGCAGUUUUCCUCAGUUUAAUUUUAGCUCUGCAGUAAAAGAUGAGAAGCCAAUGUCGGUCACGAACAAGAAGAAUAAUGCCAAUGUACUGAACGAAAAGGAAAGUGAACAUUUUGCUUUCAAGAAUCCAAAGCCGUUAUCGGCUCUUCCUAAAUCUAGUGCAUCGUAUAAGGACGAAGUAAAUGAUUAUGUAACAUAA